AUGAGUGACGAGGAGUUAUACGAUGAAUUUGGUAACUUGAUCGGAGAACCUGUGAAGUCUGAAUCAGAUACCGAAAGUCAAGGAAAGGAUGAGUUUGAACAGAAGGGACAAGAAUUGGUACUCAUCGAGAAUCAAGAUGAAAGUGUCCCAGGGAGUGAAUUAGCGAAGAGCAAUGUACCAACUCAAGAUGCAGAAAUAGUUUAUGUUAAUCCCACUGAAUAUUCAGAGAAUGUGCCGGUAAUUGUUCCGAAAUUGGAAAAAAAGAUGAAAUUGGUCAUCAAUGAAUGGGAUUUACCAAAGCUAACAUACUCGAGAGAGUUCAUGGUAAACACAAUCAACGAGGUUCCAGAGAGGAUACGAAAUGUUUGCAUUGUGGGGAGUUUUCAAUCCGGAAAGACGUCGUUUGUUGAUCAGUUCGUUCAAAAAACACAUACACCCAGUGAUGGUAAGAAAACAAACUUCAUAUAUUCAAGACCUUUGAGAUACUUGGACAACAACAAAUUAGAAAUAGAGCGAGAAGCUUCAAUAAAAACUUCGCCGGUUACUCUAAUGCUUUCAGAUUCCAAAGGUCGAUCUCUUGUGUCGAGUUUCUUGGAUACUCCAGGUCAUGCUGAUUUUGGUGAUGAGGUCAUAGCCGGACUCGAAGUGUGUGACGGUGCUGCUUUAGUCUUGGAUGUAGUAGUGGGCUUAACUUUUAAAGAUAAAUUGAUACUUGAGGAGGUUAUUAAACGAAAUUUACCCCUAAUUCUUGUGUUAAACAAGAUUGAUAAGCUAAUCUUAGAGUUGAGAUUACCGCCCAAGGACGCAUAUUUUAAACUCUUUAACAUAAUCGAUGAUGUGAAUCAAUACAUCAAAAAAAACAGUACUGGAAAUUACACUAACUUGCAAAAGCUAUGGCCUACCUCAAAUAACAUCAUUUUUGCUUCGUCCGUGUUUGGCAUUUCGUUUGCAUUAAACAGUUUUGCUGACUUGUAUCUACAAAAUCAAAUGUCAGAGAUGCAAGUAGCGGAACUUAAGGAUAAAUUAUGGGGAGACUACUUCUUCAACUAUGAGAAGAGUGAAAUAACAACUAAUUCUGAUGGUGGUAAAUAUUGUCCAACAUUUGUCACGUUUGUUUUGGAGGCGAUUUACCAGACUGCAACCUACGUUUUAACCACCGAGCCUCCGCACAAAGAAUUGGGCAAAAUAUUGUGGGAGAAUUUUGGUGUUUCUAUUCCCAAAGCAGAGUACAAAAAGGAUGUUAGAGUACUUUUGAAAUCAGUUUUUCAAGCUGUAUUCAAACACGAUACCGGAUUUGUUGAUUCGCUUGAGCAUUCCAUUGCUCCUCCUCGUGGCUCUUCCAAAACCGAACCAAUGCUUGGGAAGAUUAGCAAAUUUAUCGAAUCUCCCAAUGGAGAAUCAUUUUUAGCAUUGGCACGUAUCUUCGCUGGAAAACUCAACACGGGGGAUCUCGUGAAGGUCUAUGUUGAAGAUGAGGAUGGUGAAGAGAUGAGAGAGACUAGUGUCGUGAUCAAGCAGCUCUAUUUACCCGGUGGCAGAUACAAUGUUCCGGUAGAUGGUAUAUCAAACACUAUAGCCUUGAUAGAGGACUUUGACUCAAGCAUCAAGAAGGGUGCUACCAUUGUGUCACACGAUAAUGUAAAAGAUCCAGUGUUCAAACUUCCAGAUUACGCCAUUACGUCAGUGAUGAAGGUCGUCGUUGAGCCUAUUAAUCCUACUCAAAGACCGCUACUUCUUGAAGGGUUGGACAAAAUUUCUAAAUCAUAUUUGUCAUCAGUCAUUCAUGUGGAAGAAAACGGUGAAACAGUCAUUGUUGCUCCUGGCGAGUUUUAUUUGGAUUGCGUAUUGCAUGAUUUGAGAUUCUUUUUCAACAAUGAUUUGCAAAUCAAAGUAAGUGAUCCAAUGACUAUCUUUUCUGAAACAUGUAUAGCCCAAUCAUUGACUAAAAUUCCCGUGGCUACUUCUAACGGAGAGAUUUCUAUUUCAGUUAUUGCUGAACCAGUGAGCAAUGCAGCAUUGAGUUAUGAAAUUGAGAAGGGGUUGAUUGAUAUUCAUUUAAGCAAAAAGGAAAUGUCGUCGAUUCUUAAGAAAUUUGGAUGGGAUACCUUAGCUGCGAGGUCUGUUUGGUCAUUCGGACCAGAUGACUUAAUAGGACCAGAUAUUUUACUCGAUGACACUUUAGAUGGAGAAACUGACAAAGACCAGCUUACAAAAUUGAAACCGUUGAUAGUAUCCGGAUUUAAAUGGAGUGUAAAUGAAGGUCCCUUACUCAACGAGCCCAUAAGAAAUGUCCAGUUCAAAAUUCUUGAUGCACAGUUUGGUGAAAAUGCAGACUCCUUUUUGAAUGGUGCACAAAUAAUUCCCUUGGUACGUCGUGCCUGUUACACUGGUUUACUAACAGCAAAGCCAAGGAUCAUGGAGCCGAUAUACAAGGUUGAUGCCGUAUGCCCCUAUAAGGCUAUACGUAUCAUCAAAGAGGUUCUCAAACUCAGAAGGGGACACUUUGAUAAACAAGAGCCAGUUGAGGGUACUCCAUUGUAUCACGUUGAAGGUUUUGUUCCAGUUAUUGACAGCUUUGGUUUGCUUUCAGAUGUAAAGUUACAUGCGCAAAAUAAAGUGUUAAUGUCCUUGGUAUUCCUGCAUUGGGAAAUCGUUCCUGGAGAUCCAUUUGAUAAAACAUGCUCAUUGCCUACAUUAGAACCUGUUCCUGAAGAGUCUUUGUCUCGAGAUUUCUUGCUCAAAACUAGAAAGAGAAAGGAUUUGACUGGUGAACCAACAUUGCAAAAGUAUAUCGACACAGAGCUUUAUCUAAAAUUGAAAGAGCGGGACUUGGUACUUUAG